UUCUACUUUCCUUUUCCUCUUUUCUACUCUUCUCCCAAACAGACCCCUAUAUAUAUAUAUUUCCCUCUUCCUCCCUCUCUUUCAUUCAUAUAGCCAAAUUACUACUCUUCUCUCUUCUAAGAAAUUAUAUACAACAAUUAUUUUAGUGUACAAAACACAUUGUGAUAAAAAUGGAUCGGAAAAAUGCUCUUUGGAUCGGGUUUCUCUGCAUUAUCGUCGCCGGUGUAGGGGGUCAAGCUCCUGCCACGUCACCCACUACUAGUCCCGCACCACCAACAUCCACUACCCCUGCACCUACCGGUUCUCCACCUCCUGCAGUAAGUUCACCUCCUCCAUCUGUAUCUUCUCCACCAGCAACUUCACCACUACCUGCCGCUUCUCCACCUCCACCAGUGAGUGCUCCACCACCAGCUACUCCUCCACCAGUGAGUGCUCCACCACCAGCUACUCCUCCACCAGUGAGUGCUCCACCACCAGCUACUCCUCCACCAGUGAGUGCUCCACCACCAGCUACUCCUCCACCAGUGAGUGCUCCACCACCAGCUACUCCUCCACCAGUGAGUGCUCCACCACCAGCUACUCCUCCACCAGUGAGUGCUCCACCACCAGCUACUCCUCCACCUGUGAGUACUCCACCUCCACCGGCAGCGGCACCUGCACCGGUCGCAACUCCACCUGCUUCAGCUCCGGCUCCUACUCCGACUACAAAGGUAGCUACAUCUCCGGCACCUUCGCCGGUGGGAUUGUUGAGUCCUCCAGCACCACCUCUGGGUGCUCCGUCACCGAGUGGUUUAUCUCCUGCUCCAUCAGCCCCUGAUCAGAGUGGAGUGGAGGGCAAUAUGAGAUUUUCAAAUAUGAUUAUGGGAAGUUUGGUGUUUGGAUGGGGUCUCCUCUACUUGCUGAUUUAGAAGUCUCUGUGAUUUUGUGCUCAUUUGCUUUUGCCACUAUAUUUUAUAUUAAUAUGAAAUGCCAUCACUUUAGCUUAUUAGUAGGAGGAGGAUGAUGGCUUUAUUUUUCCCACAUGUACUUGGAUUAUAUAUUCACUUGGAUUCUUUUUGGAGGUUUAUUGUUGAGGGGAAUUUAUUUUUGUUUUGGGACUUAAACUACUACUCUAUUAGCUAGCUCAUCCAUUUA